CCUGCGAACGGGACGGUCCCGCCGUGGGUGGACCAGCCUCCCCGGCCGGCCUGACCGGCUCCGUGGCCCCAACCGGUUCCACCGCCGCCCGCUCCAAGGGGCCUUCCCCCGCGGCGCGUUGGGCGGAGGGGCGCGCCGGGGACAGGCGGCGCCGCGGCCAGCCCCCGGAGUAGCCGGCCGGGGCAGGGGGGCGGCGGAGCGGGACGGGAGAGCGGCGCGGUACGGGGGGCUCGGCCGGGCCCGCCGGGUUGCCCUGCAGUGGAGCCGUGAGGAUGAGGGGCCGGAUCCCACCCGCGCUCGGCCUGGCCGUGGCCCUGGCUGCACUGCUGCCCGCAGCCUGUGCCCGCCGGAGCCAGGACCUGCACUGCGGAGCAUGUCGGGCGCUGGUGGAUGAGCUGGAGUGGGAGAUUGCCCAGGUUGACCCCAGGAAAACCAUCCAGAUGGGCUCCUUCCGAAUCAACCCCGACGGCAGCCAGUCAGUCGUGGAGGUGCCCUAUGCGCGAUCAGAGGCACAUCUGACAGAGCUGCUGGAGCGGGUGUGUGAGAAGAUGAAGGAAUAUGGAGAAAAAGUGGAUCCGUCCACACACCGUAAGAGUUACGUGCGGGUGAUCUCCCACGACGGGACCAAGAUGGACCUCUCCGGGGUCAAAAUUGAUGGAGACGUAGCUUCUAGCCUGAAGUUUGCGUGUGAAAGCAUCGCCGAGGAGUACGAGGACGAACUCAUCGAAUUCCUCUCCCACGAGGCCGACAAUGUCAAAGACCGGCUCUGCAGCAAGCGGACGGACCUGUGUGACCACGCGCUCCACAUCCCGCACGACGAGCUGUGACGCAGAUGGCCCUGGCUGCCUCCGGGGGACGGUGCCGACCCGCCCCGGCGGCCUCGUGGGACCAGGAUGGCGCCGAGCUCCGUCCGCACAUCCCCUACCUCUUGGUUCAGCUCGUCCCCGCUGCCCCCGUCCGGACGGGCAGACGUGCGGGGGAGGACCGCGGCUCUGAUGCCACCUCACCCAGUCUGGUGCUCUUGUCCUAUUUAUUCGCUGUCCGUCCGCUGCAGCCGUGGUGCCGGGGGCACCAGGACACCGGCCUUGAUCCGCAAGGGGCUGCGUCCUCGCUCCUGCUGGGAUGUUUCAGCAGGCAGGCUGCCAGCCAGGGACCUUCCUCCGCUGCCGCUGGGGGACGUGGUGGGGGCCACUGGGGCAGGGUGGUCGGGUAUCCGGGGCCGGGCUUGGGCACCCCCCUCCCUGCUGCAGGCAAUAAAGGGGCCGGACAGCAGCUGUGCUGCGGCCCAGCCGAG